AUAUGAAUAUUUCAGUUGUUAUUAAUAGUGUAUUUAGCACUGCUUCAGCUUAAGGAGGCACUUGGAAGUUUUACUACUCGGCUUAUCGGUUAAUUAGUAACGGAGUGUGAGAUAUACGCAAGCUCUUUAGUACAGCAAGGUCUUAGCUUUCAUCGUAUCACUGAAACUGUUGUUGUUUUAACAGGCUGACGAAAGGUUUACCACAAAAGCAUUUACUUUGGAAAUGCCGUGUGUUUGUUAGCUGUAAUCAAUUGCAUAUAUAGCCUUCGGCAACAAUUGGCAAAGCGGUUAAAUAUGCUUCGCAAGCUACUGUACCAUCGAGGGCUUGACGACCAUGUCGGUACUUAUGUCACGGAUUACUUACAAGCCGCAGUCUGCUUCUGUUUUGCUUCUGCUCUAAUGUGGAAAUCAGUCCGCAGUCCAAGAGCCACAGUAACUCGAACAACUCAUGCCGUGUUACUUCUCUUAGGCACCAUUGGUGUCGUGUCUUUUCUCGGGGGUCUGACCCAUCAAUUUCUACAGACGGUCGAGCCUUACGACACUUGGCGAGACAACUGGACUUGGUUAAUAGUGUGGCGUGUGGGAACUGCUAUCUCGUCCAUUAGCGGAGUUGCUUUUUUAAUGCUGGCCCAGCAACUGCUGGCCCAGGAAAAUGUUCUAAAACCUCGACGAACUGUAGUCUUGGUCUACUACACCAUCGUGGGUGCUUUGGUCGUUACAAUCGUAGUUCAAAGCUUCUAUAUGUUCAGUCAUCAAACCGACCCCUGGAGUGUCAAGUUCGCUCUCUGCUGUAUAUUUUUCACUGCUUUAGUGGAUUGGGUAGCUUCGAUGGUAGUUGCAGUCAAGCGGUUGGGACGAACCAGAUCACCCAAAGAAACCGACUCAUCAGCCAACUUGGCAAAGUACCCUGAAAACGGCGAGAUGAAUAAAGACGUUACCUUGCUGGACGAAGAGGCGUGCUCGGCCAAAGACCGACUUGAUCGGCGGUUUAGAUGGGAUAUUCUCUUACACGCACUUGCACCUUUUGUUUUUAUACUAGGCGGUCUGUUGCAAUUUCUGUUGGGCCGUACUUGCGCCGACCACGACGACGCAUUCGGGCAUGGCGGUUGUCCCUUGCCGAACUAUUUCAACCAUAACGCAUUAAUGCACACUGUUCACAUUGUUUCAGUAGCCGGCUUCUACCUGGCCGAACUAUUAGGAAUUAGACACCGCGAAUUCAUGAUAAGAGCCAGCCACACACACGGCCCAAUUCACAUGUCUAUAGACCCAGGGCUUGGCACAUAGCGUUAAUUGUCUGUAUUAUUUUCUCAAACUAAAGUUUCAGUGUUCAAUUACCAAACUAUCCCUCCCAAGGAGUGCCGUAUUGUUACAAGAGCUCUCUUUCUACUUCUCGCAAUGUAUUCUCUCUUAUAUUUUAAGUUCAUAGUCUGCAAUGUAUUUAAGUCUCAACAUACAUGAGACGAGGUGUUGUUUGAAAAGUUCUACCCGUAAUUUGUAAACUCAGUUGAUUUUCAUCAUAGAAGAUCUUAUAUACCCGUUUUGUGGUUAACCCAAAGAUAAACUUUCAUAAGCCAUUUGCCAAGAGAUAUACAACGAAACGUACUAAACUCUUUUUAAACAGUUUUUUUAGCGGCCAUUUCUUAGGUUUGGGUUACCAAACUGAAGACGUCGCUUGCUGGUAGACCGAUGUGACCAAGCCUACAUAUAUAAAACAUUAUUGCUCUUCUAUCUACGUUAUAUCGUACCUUUUGUAGAUUACAAAUCUUUAUAUAGUGUA